UGUAUUUUCAGACAAGGAUUACGUGACAAAUGCAUGAGAUAUUUUACCUACAGACACAACUACAUGUUUAUCAUGCAGAUUGUUGGGUUUGGUUUUGACGCAUGGAUUAAGAAUUAUAGAUGUGUAUGUGUUGUCUUCGUUUUGAACUUAGAGCAGCUGAAAAAAAUAAUUACCGAAGAUGUAAGCUACUAUGCUAUGUCAAGAUAUUGCGGAGGAAUUUGAUAUAUCAGUCAACUCUACGGAUUCAAACGAGUCACUGCCUGACCAGAAUUUAGAGAGAGCGUAUCACAUCUCUCUACAGGAGGGAAGCAGCCUACCACUACUGAAGGAGGAACUCCGCCUUAAGAUACAGCAUAGACGACUGAAAAGUGGACAGGACGAACUCGUCGUAGCGCAAAGUCCACCGAAACCCGAUCUUUUGACGUUACCGGAAGUGUUAAAAAAGAAUCGCCGACGGUAUCAAAAUCGACAGUCAGCUGAUCGGUCCAGAAACCGUUGGAAAGAGUACGAAAAGCAACUACUAGAGACAAUCGCUCUGCAGGAAAAGCGAAAAGCUGACUUGGAACGAGUUAGAUACCGUCUUAUGGAAACGAAGAAUAUGCUUACAGACGUACUAAAUCAGCACUCCAAGUGUUCCAGUAGUGUUGGCCGGGACUCCAAAUCACAGAAGUUCAUAUCGCUUCUUGACUCAGAAUGGCACAGAAAGGAGUUACAAAGUUAACAAUUGUUCCUCAGUUGAGACAUUUAACGUGUUUAAAAUGGCUUCAAUUGAAGCAACAUGUGAUUAUGUAGUAAUUCUUAACGCUUAUUAUAUGACUUAAAAAUACCCUUGUUUCGUGUUUAAUAUCCCUAUUUCUCAUGUAACACUGUUUUGCUAUUCUUUACAAUCUAUAUGUCACUAAGAUAAACAUGUGCCUACAUCCAUGUGAUUUAACUGUAUAUUUCCCUUUUUGACGUUAAAAAGUUAAACGAGAAAAUAAAAUUGAUUUUAUAAAAGAUGUUGGACCGUGAAACAUCGCAUCAUUCUGUCUUGCUAUCUAUUUUUUUUAAUUUACGUGUAUUUAAGACGCGAAAAUGAAAGCCUUUUAUGUUCCAAUUAAAUUGUAUUACUGUAGAAAUUUGUAUGAAUUAUAUGAGAUACAAUAAACGAAGAUAACAGUAACAA